AUGGUACGUUCAUCAAAGCGCGACACUGCUCGUACUCACAAGAAGAAGAAGUCUGAGGAGGGGAAGACCAGCAGCACUUCUGCUACUUCAGCAGCAGCAGCAGCUCCUAAAAUACAAGAUGCUCAACUUGCCGAGAUCGCCAAGUUCGGCUUGCCUUCAGGGCUCGCUAGCCUCUCUGAUGCUGAUGACUUCACCGCUCGAUGGCUCGAAUGCCUAGCAGAAGGUCGCCAAUGGGGCGGUGCAUCUUAUGGUGGUAGAGGCGUACAGGUCCACAACAGUGGUGAUGUUAUCAUCGAUAAUGUUACUCUAUGUUAUGUUGGCAACACGGGCAGUACUUCUCUGUUGGAAAAUGCCAAAGUACAAUUUCUAAAGGGACAUUGUUAUGGUCUCAUCGGCGUUAAUGGUGCUGGUAAAACGACUCUACUACGACGGUUGGCCUCUUUUACUCUACCCGGCACUCCUCUACAUUUGAAGUAUGCCUACGUGGCUCAAGAGCUCACACCACCUCCUGAGGAGGAGGCUCUCACUACUCUAGACUACACUGUAGCAGCUGAUGUCGAGCGGGCACUGUUGAUGAAGGAGGAUGCCGACUUGAAUGAGAAGCUUAUCGCGGGGGUUGAUAUGACUGAUGAAGAAGUCCAGAGGGUUACUGAGGUCGUGGAACAGCUCGAUGCCAUAGGAGCUGACCAAGCCGCUCAGCGGGCUCGAGCAGUGCUGAUGGGUCUGGGCUUUCCUGAGAACCUUAUAGAUGCUCCCGUGAAGCACCUCUCGGGUGGCUGGUUACUCCGUGUGGAGCUUGCCAGAGCUAUCAGUAUGCGACCUGACGUUCUCCUGUUGGAUGAGCCGACUAAUCAUUUGGAUCUUCAUGCGAAAUGGUGGCUAACUGAGUGGCUUAGCGAGAAGAGGGAGGAGCUCGUUACGGUCAUUGUUAGUCACGAUUCGGAAUUUAUGGACGAAGUUUGCACGGACAUCUGCCGAGUUGAUUCCUUUAACAAGAAGCUCGUCUACUAUACCGGAAAUUUCACUUCCUUCAAGGAGCAGUUGAAUGCUCGUACGACUAGGCUCACUGGUGCGCUGGAAGCUCAGCAAAAACAGAAGGAUCGAGCGGCCGCGUUUAUACAAAAUAAUAAGCAUUCGGAUGACCCCAACAAACAGAAGCAGGCAGCCGAGCGAUUGAAGAAAAUGGACAGGCUCAAUUUCUAUCGUGAGGACGGGAAGAAGUUCAAGAAAUUCUCAUUGAAAGUUUUGUCCGAGGAUGCAGUGCGGUUGCCGGAGUAUAUUGACGCUAAAGUCUCGAAUAUGUCGGCGAGCAACAAGGUGGAGAAUUUCAAGUUCAAGUUUCUACAACCAGCUGAGAUCGACAAAGACCUCUACAUUAUGAAGAAAUGUGUUAUUGGUUAUGGAAAAGAGUCUAUUGUUGGUGAUGUUACUUUCACUGUCCAGAUGGGCGCGCGGAUUGUCCUAGUUGGUCCCAAUGGUACGGGCAAGAGCACUCUUAUGAGCGUCCUCAAUGACGAUGGUGUAGCAACGAAGAUUUCGGGUGGACGAAGAGUUGAGAACCGAUGCAGAGUGGCUCUGGUCAGCCAACAUCAUUUGCAGAAAAUGAAGGAUUUCCUCGAUAUCUCCCCGGUUGAGUAUUUUAAGCAUGAGCGACCAGAAGAAGCGAAUUUAUCAAAUCAAGAGAUAUGCAACUUUCUCGGCUCCUUUGGCCUUGGGCGGUUCGCCCUCUCUUCUGUUAUCGGACAACUCUCAGGUGGUCAGCGGGCCCGACUCGACUUAGCCGUCGCAGUAGCGUCACGGCCACAUCUGCUACUACUGGAUGAACCUACCAAUCAUUUAGACGUUGUCAGCCAAGAAGCUCUCGCCAAAGCAUUGGAGACCUUUGAUGGCGCCGUAGUUGCCGUGACGCAUUCUGAGGAGUUCAUGGGCGCUCUACGACCAACUCAGUUAUGGUCAAUCGAGAAGGGUCGGUUCUCAGCAACUCCCGUGAGGGAUGAGGAGGAGUUCAACGAGGUGUUUGGCGAUUACAAGAGGCGUGCAGUCAAGGAGGCUCGUAAACUCAUUAAAGCUUCCAAACUCAAUGGUGUAUUGUAA